AUGCUGCGUGGCACAACGGCUAGGAGCGCGGUGCACCGAGCUGUCACCGAGCUCUCGCACUUUCCCAAGCCCGGCGACAAGCUGCAUGGCUUCACACUGCUCCGGACCAAGCACGUCCCCGAGCUCGAAUUGACGGCACUACACCUGCAGCAUGACAAGACUGGCGCCGAGCACCUCCACAUUGCCCGCGAUGAUGGCAACAAUGUCUUCUCUAUUGGCUUCAAGACAAAUCCUCCCGAUGACACCGGCGUGCCGCACAUCCUAGAGCAUACAACGCUCUGUGGUAGUGAGAAAUACCCAAUUCGCGAUCCAUUUUUCAAGAUGCUCCCACGCACCCUCUCCAACUUCAUGAAUGCCUUCACGGCCUCAGACCACACCUUCUACCCCUUUGCUACCACCAAUGCCCAGGACUUCAAGAAUCUCAUGUCCGUGUAUCUGGAUGCGACGCUUCGCCCCUUGUUGAAGCAGUCGGAUUUUACGCAGGAGGGCUGGCGCAUCGGGCCUGAGAACCCGCAGGCGCUCGUUGCUGGCGAUGGCGCUGCCAGGCCCGAGGACAAGAAACUUGUCUUUAAGGGCGUCGUGUACAAUGAGAUGAAGGGGCAGAUGUCGGAUGCGGGCUAUCUGUUCUAUAUCAGAUUUCAAGACCACAUUUUCCCAGACAUCAAUAACUCGGGCGGUGAUCCCCAAAAGAUUACCGACCUGACUUAUGAGCAACUCAAACAGUUCCACGCCGAGCACUAUCACCCUAGCAACGCCAAAGUCUUCACCUAUGGCGACAUGCCACUGGCGGAUCACUUGAAGGAGAUUGACGCUCAGUUGGGUGCUUUUGAAAAGAUCCGGGGCGAUGUGGCUGUCCACCGCCCCAUCGACUUGAGCAGUGGCCCGCGAGAGGUCCGGCUGCUUGGCCCGGUCGACCCUUUGGUAGACCAGAAUAAGCAGUACAAGACCUCCGUGUCGUGGGUUUUAGGUGACACCACCAACAUUGUCGAGUCCUUCUCGCUCGCCCUGAUAUCCGCCCUUCUCAUGGACGGCUAUGGUUCACCCUUGUACAAGGGGCUGAUUGAUUCCGGCCUCGGUGCUGAUUGGAGCCCCAAUGCGGGAUUUGACGGUUCAGGCAGGCUUGGAAUUUUCUCAAUUGGGCUCACUGGAGUUCAAGAAUCUGACGUACCAAAACUGAAAGUUCAAGUGCAAGACAUUCUCCGCAGUGUACGUGAGAAGGGGUUUGAUCGAUCCAAGAUUGACGGCUAUCUGCACCAACUGGAGCUGGGGCUCAAGCAUAAGACGGCCAAUUUUGGCAUGUCUCUACUACACCGCUUGAAACCGAAGUGGUUCACUGGAAUCGACCCCUUCGACUCUCUGGCCUGGAACGACACCGUCGCCGCUUUCGAAACCGAGUUUGCCAAAGGAGGCUACCUGGAGGGGCUCAUGGACAAGUAUCUGUUAAAUGACAAUACUCUGACCUUCACGAUGGCUCCCUCGGUCAACUUUGGCCAAGAUCUUGUGCAAGAAGAGGAGACCCGACUCAAGGACAAGAUCUCACAGGUUGUCGAGUCUGCUGGCAGCGAGGAGGAGGCUCAGGCGGCACUAGAGGCUCGAGAGCUCCAGCUUUUGGCUGAACAAGGCAAGUCCAAUACGGAGGAUCUCAGCUGCCUGCCCAGCGUGCAUGUACAGGACAUUCUUCGGCAGAAAGAGCCUGUAGUCCUGCGGAACGAAACUGCCGGCAGAGUCAAGAUACAAUGGCGAGAGGCCCCCACCAAUGGUCUGACCUACUUCCGGGCUAUCAACACACUGGAAAACCUGCCCGACGAACUCCGAACUCUCAUCCCUCUCUUCACAGACGCGAUCAUGCGUCUUGGAACGCGGGAUAUGACAAUGGAACAGCUAGAGGAUCUGAUCAAGCUGAAGACUGGAGGCGUAUCUGUGGGAUACCAUUCGACAUCGUUACCAACGGACUUCACUCGAGCAACCGAAGGCCUUGUGUUUACAGGAAUGGCACUGGAUCGCAAUGUGCCUAUAAUGUUUGAUCUACUGCGCAAGUUGGUUCUGGACACGAACUUCGACAGCCCUGAUGCGGCACAGCAGAUCCGACAGCUUCUUCAAGCAUCCGCUGAUGGCGUUGUGAACGACAUUGCUUCGUCGGGACACUCUUUUGCUCGACGGGCUGCUGAGGCUGGCUUGACAUGGGAUGCUUUCCUCAAGGAGCAGGUGGGAGGUUUGUCUCAGGUGAAGCUCAUCACUAGCCUAGCCAACCGGCCAGAAUCGGAUUCACUAGGGGACGUCAUCGCGAAGCUCAAGCAGAUUCAGCAAUUUGCUCUGACUGGCAAUCUCCAGGUUGCUAUCACUUGCGAUGGCGAGAGUGUUGGCGAGAACUCGAAGGCCUUGUCAGACAUCAUGGCCUCGUUCCCCGCGCAGCCUGUGACGUUUCCGCCGCGGCAGGCGCCUCAGUUCUCACGAGACAUCAAGGCUUUCUACCCCCUCCCUUACCAGGUGUACUAUGGUGCACUAGCCGUGCCUACCGUCUCAUAUACCUCGCCCAAUGGUGCGUCACUUCAAGUUCUGUCUCAGCUCCUAACACACAAGCACCUGCAUCACGAAAUCCGGGAGAAGGGGGGUGCUUAUGGUGGUGGAGCAUAUUCCCGUGCGAUUGAUGGCGUGUUUGGUUUCUAUUCGUAUCGCGAUCCGAAUCCUUUGAACACGAUGACUAUCAUGCGGAAUGCCGGUCAGUGGGCUGUCAACAAGGAGUGGUCGGACCGAGACCUUGAAGACGCAAAGAUCUCGAUUUUCCAGGGCGUCGAUGCACCCAGAGCCGUCAACGAAGAAGGGAUGGGCAACUUCCUUUACGGGGUCACCGAAGAGAUGAAGCAGACUCGCCGAGAACAGCUUCUCGACGUGACCAAGGACCAGGUCCGCGAAGUAGCGCAGAAGUACAUCGUCGAAGCCCUGGACAAGAAGUCGGAGCGUCUCGUUUUUCUGGGAGAGAAGCGGGACUGGGUCGACUCAUCCUGGGCAAUCAACGAGAUGAAUAUUAGCGAAACAAACGCCGACGAGGAGGAGUAG